CCAUUUAACCCAGCCCGCGGCCUCUCCAUUACUCCGCGCUCGCCCCCCCGCCGCCUGCCGCCUCCCCGCCCGCCCCGCGUCUCAUUCACUCGGCUCGCGCGGCGCAGACCGCACCGGGAGCGCGCGGAGCCGGAGCCGGCGGCGGAGACCCCGGCCAUGCACGCCCCCAACUGAAGCAGCACCUCCGAGCCGCGGCCCCCAGCAGCGCAGCGCAGCCUCGGAGGAAGCCCCGCGGAGAGACCCCCUCGCCCCUCGCCCCUCCCGGGACGGUCCUCACCCGGACAGCAGCGCGCAGUGGCCCCGGCUCGCCGCGCCAUGGAGCGGAUCCCCAGCGCGCAGCCGCCCCCUGCCUGCCUGCCGAAGGCGCCGGGGCUGGAGCACGGAGACCUCGCGGGGAUGGAUUUCGCCCACAUGUACCAAGUGUACAAGUCCAGGCGGGGAAUCAAGCGCGGAGAGGACAGCAAGGAGACCUACAAACUGCCGCACCGGCUCAUCGAGAAAAAGAGACGUGACCGGAUUAACGAGUGCAUCGCGCAGCUCAAGGACCUGCUGCCCGAACAUCUCAAACUUACAACUUUGGGCCACUUGGAGAAGGCGGUGGUGCUGGAGCUGACCCUGAAGCACGUGAAGGCACUGACCAGCCUGAUCGACCAGCAGCAGCAGCAGAUCAUGGCCCUGCAGAGCGGGCUACAGGCCGGUGAGCUGUCGGGGCGGACUGUCGAAGCCGGCCAGGAGAUGUUCUGCUCGGGUUUCCAGACGUGUGCCCGGGAGGUGCUGCAGUACCUGGCCAAACACGAGCACACCCGGGACCUGAGGUCCUCGCAGCUUGUGGCGCACCUGCACCGCGUGGUCUCCGAGCUGCUGCAGGGCGGGACCGCUAGGAAGCCGGCAGACCCGGCUCCCAAAGCCGUGGACUUCAAGGAGAAGCCAGGGUCCCUGGCCAGAGGCUCGGAAGGCCCCGGCAAGAACUGCGUACCCGUCAUCCAGCGGACUUUCGCGCCAUCGAGUGGCGAGCAGAGUGGCAGCGACACUGACACGGACAGCGGCUACGGGGGAGAGUCGGAGAAGGGCGACCUGCGCGGGGAGCAGCCGCACUUGAGGAGUGGUCACCACGGACGCAGGCUCGCCGCGGCGGAGCGGGUCGGCACCAUUAAGCAGGAGUCAGAGGAGCCCCCCGCCAAGAAGAGCCGCCUGCUGCCGUCAUCGGACGAUGAGGGCCCCUUCGUGGGCGGGGACCUCCUGGGCUCCCCGUUCCUGGGCCCCCACCCGCACCAGCCGCCCUUCUGCCUGCCCUUCUACCUGAUCCCCCCAUCGGCAACCGCCUACCUGCCCAUGCUAGAGAAGUGCUGGUACCCCACCUCCGUGCCCGUGUUGUACCCCGGCCUCAACGCCUCUGCCGCCGCCCUCUCCAGCUUUGUGAACCCCGACAAGCUCCCGGCACCCUUGCUGCUGCCCCAGAGACUCCCCUCGCCCCUGCCGGCCCACCCUGUCGACUCUUCCGCCCUACUACAAGCUCUGAAGCAGAUCCCCCCUUUAAACCUGGAAACCAAAGACUGACCCCCGACGGGAUCCCACCGCUUCGCCAUCCCUCCUCCCUGCCUCCCAAAACACAGAACUCGUCCCGUCUGUGAGCACAGCGAGCCCCCGCGUGUGUGCUGGGGGCCUCUGGAGUGCAGAGUGGAUUCGGGGUGAGCGUGUGCACAAGUGUGGGCCCGCGUGUGGAUGCCCCCAUGGUGCAGGCGGGACAGGCACUCGCUACCUGGAGUGGAGGGGCUUGGGGCAGACUUCGGGGAGGGCAGCCCCCUUGCAGACGGAUCACACAGGGUUUGGGGAGCGGGGUGCCUGCGCCGUGAGUCACGCCUCAGUGUGGGAGCCGGGUCUGUGGCCUGGAGGAAAAGGUACUUUGCACAGGGCUCUCCAGAGUGCGGCUCCGAGCCAGCUGCCGGGACCCCACCCUUCUCCCCUUACUGCCGACGUGACUCAGCAGACGGCUGCAAGCGUCAGAGCCAGCUCCCCGGCACAGCACAGGGCGCGGUAGUGGACACUGGCACGACUUGUGGUGGUUUGGGGCGGUUUCCCCUGCCCUGCCUCGGAUGAGCACAGAGCGUGUAGCUCCCCGCUCAGGCUCUCCUAGCAGCUGGCUUGCCAGGGCGCCAGAGCGGAGUUCCGCCGGCCUCUGGCACAGUCGCCACCUCUCGCCGGCCAGGGAACCAGACCAGGGCCUGAGAGAUGCCCCACGGUGCACACGGCUCCGUGGCAAAUUGCUGCCUUUUAGCAGAGCUAGGCCUAGUUUCACAUUCUCUCCGAAAACCCCUUGUAAGCAAGCUUAGCUUCUCAAAGCCCUAACGAGCCCUGGCACAACGCGAUCUCUCGUGGGCUGACCCUCUUGCCCGAUGGCCCAGGAGGGUCCUUCCCGCCUGGAGGGACCCUGUCUGCCUCCAAGAAGUGUUCCUUUUGGCCCAGAGUCCUCGCUUGCCUGACCUGGCCAGCCAGCCCCCACCAGCUUAUCAAAAUGCACUAUGCUUGGUCACCAAUCGUGUUAGGACUUUCUUUUCCUGUUUUUAUUUUUGGUAUAAAGUUGCCUUUAUUUGUAAAGCUGUUAUAAAUAUAUAUUAUAUAAAUAUAUUAAAGAGGAAAAUGUCUCAGAUGUUUAUUUGUAUAAUUACUUGAUCUAGAAAGUGAGAAAAAUGAAUGUGUUCCUGUUUUUUGAAGAGAAGAAUUUUUCUUUCUCUCGGGAGAGGUACAGUGUUUAUGUUUUGAAGCCUUCCUAAAGGUGUGAAAUUGUAAAUAUUUUUAUCUAUGCGUAAACGUUAAGUAGUCUUUAAAAAUACUGAAUAAAACAGUCCUUUCCCGUGGGGGAGAGAGAUGGUCUGUG